AUGGAGUGGGCUUUAAGGCUGCACAGCAGGGUGGAUGAAAAUAGGCCUCAGGCUGCAGAGCAGGGUGGAAGGAACAAGACGGUGCUGGAUCUUGUUCUUAUAAUGUGUGGAAACCUUCUGGUAAUAAUCUCUAUCAUUUACUUCAAACAGCUCCACACUCCUACAAACUACCUCAUCCUCUCUCUGGCUGUGGCUGACCUGCUUGUUGGUGUUGUAGUUAUGCCUUUUAGCACAAUACUGGCUGUAAGCUCAUGUUGGCAUCUUGAAGGUUUGCUCUAUAGAUAUUAUGCAGUGUGUCAGCCUCUGAGGUACAGAACUAAAAUGACUGUCCGUGUUAUUGUGAUCAUGAUCCUAGUGAGCUGGACUGUUUCUGCUCUAAAUGGAAUUGGCAUCACAGUUCAGGGACUGAAUGAAGAACAAUCUAACAGGUGUGUUUUAUUUCAACAUACAAGUUUAGCAAUUAUGGGAACUUUUUUUACCUUCUACCUCCCAGGUUUCAUAAUGUCCACCAUCUACCUACAGAUUUUGACAGUGGCACACAGACAGGUACGCAGCAUCCAGAACACAAUCUGUCAGAACACAAAGUCUGGAGCAACCAUCAGUAAGAUGGAGAGAAAGGCCACCAAAACUCUGGCUAUUGUUAUGGGAGUUUUUCUCAUCUGUUGGACUCCUUUCUUUCUUUGUAUCACCUUUUACCCUUUGAGUAAUUACACAAUACCAGUUUCUGUGAUUGCAUCAUUUAAAUGGCUUGGAUGGUCAAAUUCAAUGCUCAACCCAUUUGUCUAUGGUUUCUUUUACACCUGGUUUCAAACAUCUGUCCGAAUGAUAAUUUCUGGGAAAAUAUUUCAGGGUGAUUUUACUCAUUUUAAGCUCUUUUGA